ACACCCGGAGGAGGAUAACAGGAAACAGACAUGACUUCAUUAGCGUGGGGACUGCUCUGCGUUAUCGGCGUCCUCCUAGCACCGGGGUCCUCGGGGACUUUCUCACAGCCCCGGUCCCGUGUUCGUCCCCCAAUUCCACGAGUGUCCCCGCAGGUCCCUCCGAACCUCUACGGGCGCCUCGGGGAUAACAGAUCUGCAGAACAAACUUCCGACGAAGCGCUAAGUGAUGAAAAAUUUCAGCAGCUCCAGGCGGAUGAUUUCACCGUCCCAGGAGUCCAGCAGCGCCGGGAGGCGCGAGCAGAUGCUGGCAUUUAUUCCAGGUCUCACCGCUUUCAGCCACCACAAAAAAACCCAAAGCUGCUUUCACCGCUGCAAGAUAAAGCUGCACCGUUUGGAUCCUGGAAGCCUGCUGAAGACUCCAGAGGCUCUCUGGCAUCAAUCAGAACUAAUGCAGCAACAAGUUCCAACUGCAGAAAUCGACCAAUAGAUCUGGUUUUCAUCAUCGACAGCUCCCGCAGUGUACGCCCUGCUGAGUUUGAAAAGGCCAAGGAGUUCCUGGUGGACAUGGUGGACAGUUUGGUCAUUGGCUCUGAUGCCACUCGAGUUGGUCUUGUCAAUUAUGCCAGCACAGUGCAAAUCGAGUUUCUGCUGAGCACAUAUUUUGACAAGUCUUCUAUAAAGCAGGCAUUGGCCCGUGUUGAGCCCCUUGCUUCAGGCACCAUGACAGGGAUGGCCAUCAAGACAGCCAUGGACAAAGCUUUCACGAUGGAGGCAGGAGCCCGAGUUAGCUCCAUGAGCAUUGCCAAGGUGGCCAUCAUAGUGACAGAUGGGAGGCCCCAGGACAAAGUGGAUGAAGUCUCAGCAGCAGCACGAGCAUCAGGGAUUGAGAUCUACGCAGUGGGAGUAGACAGAGCUGAUAUGGCAUCUCUCCGACUCAUGGCCAGCCACCCUUAUGAUGACCAUGUCUUCUACGUGGAAACCUACGGUGUCAUAGAGAAGCUCACUUCAAAAUUUAGGGAAACUCUGUGUGGUAAGGAUGAAGAUGAUGAUGAUGAUGAUGAUGGGAGUGAGGAUAAACGUAUAGAUCCCGGCAGUGAUGAUUACAGCCUAGAUAGCAGGAAGAGCGGUGACAGAAUAAGUGAGCGCGAUGAUAAAGGAAACAACGGUUUGGAUCCAUGUGCUCAGGGACACAGCUGCCAGCAUAUUUGUGUCAACAGUGGCGACUCUUACAACUGCAUGUGUCACCCGGGCUACGUCCUCAACCUGGACAAGAAAACAUGUUCACGUUCAGAUCCAUGCGCCCGGGGAAAUGACUGCCAGCACAUUUGUAUCAACAGUGAUGACUCGUACGCCUGCAAAUGUCGAGUUGGAUACGUACUGAAUGCAGACCAGAAAACAUGCUCACGUUCCAGUUCAGACGCAUGUGCCCAGGGACAUGACUGCCAGCACAUAUGUGUCAACAGUGGAAAUUCGUAUAUCUGCAAGUGUCAAGUGGGUUAUGUGCUGAACGUGGAUAAGAAAACCUGCUCACAGGAAAUGAGGAGCGAAAUAACCGAGGAUGCCUGCAUGUGUGAAGCUCAGAUUGUGUUCCAGAAAAAAGUACAGUCAACCAUCCAGGAGCUGAGCAGGAAGCUCAGUGAACUCUCAGACAAAGUGAAUCUGAUUGAAAGGCAACAGUAAUAUCAAGAGCAACGAUACCACCAGAGGACAAGCACUGCAUCCAUCUUCACGACCCAUGGAAGUCGAUUUCUAAACUUCUGUAAACUCAGAUGUUAAAAUCUGAGUGAAGGUGUGCAUAGUUUUUAUUUGUCAUACUGUGUUCUAGUGGUCGAGAAGUUGUUUUGUUAAUAUUAACCUGAUUUUUUUUUUCAUUUGCAGCCAAGUCUGUUUUUACUUCUUGCUGUAAAGUCAGGUGAAACUGGUGUAAAUGUUUACAUAUACCUGUACAAUUAAAGAAGACCUGAGGUAGUCAUGGGUUCAUAUUCAUAUAUGGAAGGCAAUUUAUUUAUAGACAUGUAGACAUCUAAACAAACUUAUCUGUACCUCUAUAAUUAAUGUUUUAAUCAUGUAUUAAGUAGAAAGUCUAUUACUUUCUUAUUGUGCAUUCACUGCUUUGAGAGCAUUUCUAUAUCAGUGCAGUGUAGCUCUUGGUGGAACACUAAGCCUCCAUAACAGAACAUCAUGAGCAACAAGAGUGUUAUAGUUGUCUGUCUGAUUGCAACAUUAUAGAAAAGACCAAAUAUAAAGCCUGAUCCAACAGGCUCAUGGCAUGUUACAUCACACUGACGUACUAUAAUCCCUCUCUUUGGUAUCUGAAAUAUUUCAUUACCUUUUUUUGCACAAAUUUGAUUAGUUUUUUGGUUGCAGUGUACGGAAAGUUGUUCAAGGACCAGUCGGUUCAGUAUUUUACUUACUUGGCCAUGAAAAUCUUGUCAAUGUCAAAUUUUGAGAACAUACAAUACAUGUACUGUAUUUUGUUGAAAUGAACGGUCAUGUGCAUGACAUACUGUAUACUGUCUGUAUAUUAAUUUUGUAUGAGGUAUUUAG